AUGGCAAAUGCAAAUUAUAAUAAUGCCCGUAAAUAUGAUAAUAGAACUUACAACAAUAAUACAAAUAAUAGAAAACCUGUGAGCGCAACCAAACCUAGUAAUAAUGGUCCAGUAAGAAGUAAUCCAAGCGGUAAUAAUACAACAAACAAUACAAAUAAUAAUGUAAACAGUGGUAUGGCAAAAGCAGGUAUGGAUAAAUAUCAACAACGUAGUAAUGUAGCAUAUAAUAAUUAUGAUAAUACAAAAAGUAGUAAUCUUAAUAAUAAUGCAAAUAAUAAUUUAAAUAAUAAAAAAUUUAACAACGAAACACAAAUAAAAUCUAAUCCUCAUACUGAUACUAGAAUGAAUAAUACUGGUACUACUAAUAAUAGUAGUAACCCUCCCAACAAACCACAAGCCUCUACCAAUAAUAAUAAAAGUGUUAAUAAUAAUAUGAAAGAAAGUGAUAAUUUUAAAAAACCAACCGUAGGAGAAGGUACCAUAAAAACGACAUCAAAUGUGUCAACUAAUAAUACUACUAAUGAUCAUGCAAGAAAAAAUAAUAUUAAUAAUAGCAAUGUUUCUAAUGCUCAGAAAGUAUUAACACCUGAAGAAAAACAAAAAUUGAAUAGACCACCUACAGAUCCAUUUAAAGAAAAGAGAGAAGAUCAAGUGUCACAACCACAAAAACAAGCAACUGAACCAUCAAUUAAAAAAAAUGAAAAGAUCAAAAAUGUGGUACCAGAAGAACAAUCAAUAAAUAAAGAUACUAAAAAUAAAGAACAAACAAAUGAUAAAAAUGUUUCCAAUGCAAAGAAUAAAGGAGUAGAUAAUGAUGACAAAACAUUACAUAAGAAAAAAACUUUUACUGACAGAAUUAAAAGUCUCUUUAGAAAAAAAUCUACAAAAACGAAGGAAUAA